AUGAAUUCAACAGGAACUUCGCCGCCUUUCAGUCACAAUGGGACCGAUAGUAGCCAGUCGAGUCCCAAGUCCGAUUUGUAUGCAUUGCCAAGUUGUGCUGCCGAAGCCCAGGGUCACGAAGUACCUAUGACAAUGAGCCGAUUUUUCAGUCUCACUGCAAUGUCAUUUCUCUGGACUGGCUCACAAAUCCCACUCUACCUGUUUGGCGGUAUUCCUCCUUACAUAUAUGGUUCAAUCGGUGGUUCAGAUCGCUGGGUUUGGCUGUGUUUGGCGAAUUUGCUUGCCCUCGCAGGUAUUUGUCCUUUUGUCGGCAGUCUGUCAGACUUACUCGGCCGUCGAUAUCUCGCUAUCCUUGGUGCAACACUUGUGUGUAUCGGGUUGGCCGUGUCUAGCACUGCCAAUACCAUGAACAUUUUCAUUGGGGGCAUGACCAUUUGUGGUGCUGGAGCAGCCGCCGCUGAGAUGGCCCCAGCACGCAAGCGCGGUACAUAUGUUGCUGCUUUAAUAUUCACAAUCCUUCCUUGGUCUGCGUCUGUGCUAUGGGCUCAGCUGAUUGCAUAUUACUCAAGUUGGAGGUAUGUCGGCCUGUUGGCCGGCGUUUGGAAUGGAUUGGGUCUGCUUUUCACCUUGCUUUUUUACUUCCCACCUGCUAGAGCCAACAGCCAAAGACUUUCCAAACGAGCAAUUCUUUCAAACAUUGAUUUUGUGGGAGGCUUUCUCAGCAUAGCCGGGUUGAUCUUGUUUCUGGCAGGAUUACAGUGGGGUGGCUAUCAGUACUCUUGGAAAACACCUCACGUUUUGGUACCUCUUAUUCUUGGCUUUUUUAUCCUGGUUGCCUUUGUUCUUUGGGAAGUGUAUGGAACUCGUCACCCAAUGAUCCCGCGCAAGAUAAUGCAAGAACCACGCACUCUGGGCUUGAUAUUGCUUAUAACCUGCGUUUCCGGUGCAAACUUCUUCUCGAUUCUCCUCUUUUGGCCAACACAAAGCUUCAACCAGUUUGGCCAUGAUCCUGUGGGUGUCGGUCUUCGCUCCCUACCCAUUGGGUUUGGUAUCCUUGCUGGUGCAUGCAUCACUCUUUGUCUCCUAUCGUGGCUGAAAGGGCACAUGAAGGCAUUGAUGGUAGCGAGCAGUAUCCUCAUGACUGCAGGAUGCGGUGCCAUGGCCGUUGCGCGAAUUGACAAUCUUAGCUCACUAUGGAUCAUCUUGACUAUUGCAAGCUUGGGAGUUGGUGGAAUCGUCGUUCCAGCAAGCAUCAUGACGACCAUUAUUUGCCCAGAUGACCUCAUUGCGACAAUCUCAGCAUUGACACUGUCUAUUCGCGUCGUUGGCGGUGCUAUUGGCUAUACGAUCUAUUUCAACAUCUUCAUCAACAAAUUCAAGACCAACGCCAUACGCUAUAUUGGCGGCAUCAUGAUGGCCCAACUCGGCAUCACCAACACAACGUCCAUCACCGACGCAAUCACGCUAACAACUGCAUCCCUCCUCAAUGAAAUGCAAGCUAUUCCCGGAAUUGCCGGUAAUUCGACAGCUUAUGAGAUGGUUGUCGUUGCAGGUCAAUAUGCCUACGCGGAGAGCUACAAGUACGUCUAUCUCACAUCAAUUGCGUUUGGCGUGCUCGCGAUUGUGGCUUCUAUGUUCCUCGGUGAUAUCACCAAGUACAUGGAUGACCACGUUGCUGUCGAAUAUUAUUAG